AUGUCCCGGCCCAGCAGCAAAACCAUUUACCUGAACCGGAAGGAAUACUCACAGAACCUGGUCACAGACCCCAGCCACCUGCAGCACAGGGUGGAGCACCUGAUGACAUGUAAGCUGGGGAUUCGGAAAAUCCAGGAGCCCAAGGAUGCCCUGCAGAAGCUUCGGGAAAUGGACAUUGAGGGCCGAGUGUGGAGCCAGGACUUGCUCCUGCAGGUUAGAGAUGGCUGGCUCCAGUUGCUGGACAUCGAGACGAAGGAGGAGCUGGAAUCUUACCGCCUGGAUGGCAUCCAGUCCAUAGACGUGGCCAGCACCUGCUCCUACGACUCGGUUCUGUCCAUCACGGCGCAGGAUUCAGGGAUGCCCGGCAUCAGCACCAUGCUCUUCCAGUGCCAGGAAGUGGGGGCCGAGCGACUGCAAACCAGCCUGCAGAAGGCCAUGGAGGAGGAACGGGAGCAAAGGCCCCGAUUUGGAGCCCUCCACCCACAACAGGACAGAUGGAGGGGGCCUUCUCUAGAAAGGCCAAUUCCUCUGGAGCCAGGACCCCCCGUGGAACGGGGGCCUCCCCUGGAGCGGGUGCUCCCUCCAGAACAGCCCUACAGGAUGCCCUCACAGCGGGGGCCUCUCCUGGAGCAGGUGCUCCCUCCAUCCCCAGGACCCCGGUCACGCCACCCCAGUGCCCAAGAACCAAGCAUGUUCCCUCCAUCUCCUCCAAUGAGGUCCCAAUCCCCUGAGGACCCAGAGAGGGAUGAGGAGGUGAUGAACCACAUCCUAGAUGACAUCGAACUGUUCACGAAGAAGCUGAAGGCCCAGGCAAAUACCAAUCAGAAGAAAAAGAAGAAGAAAUUGGGGAAGAAAAAGAAGAAGGAACAGGGGGGGAUAGCUGAGGCAGAGUAUGUUGAGUGCUUUCAGAAGAUCAAAUACAGCUUCAACCUUCUGGGAAAGCUGGCCAACAGUCUGCAGGAAAUAACUGCCCCCGAGUAUGUGCACAUGAUCUUCCAGAUUCUGGAAAUGAUCCUGAACCAGUGCCCUGUACCUGACCUAGCAGCCCGUGUCACCUCACCCCUCCUCACCUCCAAAGCCAUCGACAUGCUGCAGUCCAGUCUUAGCCCGCAUGAGGAAGAUCUCUGGAUGGGGCUGGGCGAGGCCUGGACCACCAGUCGGGACAACUGGACGGGCAAUGAGCCCCCGCCUUACCAGCCCACGUUCUCUGAUGGCUGGCAGCCCCCGGAGCCCUCCAGCCAGGAGCCCUCGGGAUACCAGGACUACACCUACGCCCGGUAUGCCCUAGGCUUAAUCCGGUCCACGUCUGGGAGCCCCUCACACUUCGCUCAAGAGGAGACCUACAAUGGUGGCCCUGGGGACCAACCUGGCAGGCCCUCCAGUCCCAAAUCUGCCAACUCAGCCCUGAGAAUGCAGGUCGUAUGUGAGUUUGAAGCUAGGAAUCAACAGGAAGUGACUGUGGCGCAGGGAGAGGUGCUGGAGGUUCUGGACCAGAGCAAGCGGUGGUGGCUGGUGAAGAAGGAGACGGGGCGGCAAGGCUACAUUCCCAGCAACAUCCUGCAGCCCCUACCAUCCUCCCCAUCGACACCCCCACUGCCAAUGAACCUGAGAUUUAACUCCAAGCCUGCAGAGGUCACGGCCUGGCUGCAGAGAGAGAACUUCUCCCCUGCCACGGUGAAGGCCCUUGGGUCCCUGACCGGGGACCAGCUACUUCACAUAAAGCCUGGGGACCUCCAGAGAAUGUGUCCGCAGGAGGCCCCACGGGUCCUGACUCGGCUCGAUGCUGUCCGGAGGACACUGGGGGUGAGGCACCCUGGGGUCCUGACCCCUAUGGAAAUGCCGGGAGCUCUCUGGAUAGUCCAUUAG